CGUCUUUGUUAUUUUGCAAUUACUGUGAAAGAAAGUUUAUUAAAUCUUUUAAGUUUAUUUGGAGUCGUGAAAUAAUAAUCUAAUACAAUGGGUAAAGGUUUCAACAACUAUAUGUGCAAGAAAUUUUUUCAUCCUGCAUCCAGAGAUAAUCUGAAACGGGUAUGGAUGGCUGAACAGCAGGCAGAUGCAUACAAGAAAAAACAGGAAGAACUUCGUAACCAAUAUGAAAAGGAACAGGAAUUGCACGAUAAUAAAGCGAUGCUAAGCAAAGAGAGUAAAGAUAAACUUAGCGUUAAUUUCAUGUAUGAGCUGCCUCCGGGAAUGAAGAAAGAACGGGAAAAGGAAACUACUGAUGAGGCAGAGUACAAAUUUGAAUGGCAGAGAAAGUACAAUGCUCCGCGUGAAAGUUACUGCAAGGGAGAUACCGAGAUCCGAGAUCAGCCUUUCGGUAUCCAAGUUCGCAACGUUCGCUGCAUCAAAUGUCACAAAUGGGGUCACAUUAAUACCGACAAAGAGUGCACAAUGUACAGUUUGUCAAUGAGUGAGGCCAAGAAGAUUCAUUCGGAAGCGGAAUCUAACCAGAUCCUGUCUAAAAACGAUCUAGAGCAAGGACUUCGCGAGGACGGUCUUGCCAUGAAGAGAAGUGCCAAAGAACUGGCAACUUCCCAUCAACUGAUCGAAGAACCUGGAUUAGAUAAGAUUCAAACAGAAACAGAUUUUCUGAAGUCACUAACUACCAAGCAAAAGAAAAAGCUUUUAAAAAAAUUGGAGAAAAUAGAAAAGCGCCACAAAACUGAAAAACGACGAAAAAGGAAAGAUUCAAACAGUUCUUCGGACUCUCAUCAGGAUGAAAAGCGCUUAUCUCGAAAAAAAUCAACUAGCCGCAAAAAUGAUUCAUAUUUCUCCGAAUCAUCAUAUGGUCAACGAAACACGAACAAUGACAAAAUUAGAAAACGGUCACGGUCCCCACAUUUACACCGUAAACAGUACAUCAGUGGUUCCAGAAGAGAUCGCUCGAGAAGUGCCAAUAGAGAUCGUAAGAGAUACUGAUCUAAUUCUUUUAUACUGAUAUUCAUUAUUCUUACAUUCGGGAUAUGCUCUAAUUAACAGCAACAAGGAAUAACAUGAUAAAAUGCAUUGUUUUCAAACAUGUGUAUCUGAAAUUUUAUUCGUAAAACAUAUCAAUUAUUGUAAUGUA